GGGUGACACUCUGCUACCUGGGCUUCACUUGGUUGUGACACUGCGUAAACGUUGACUGACUUCAACCCUCGGUACCCUAUUCGAAGCCCAACGUAUACCAUUGCCUUGUCCUCAAGAAUAACGGUCUCGUUGGGACCCAUCGACCUGUCAUUCCCUUUUCUCUGGACAAGAACAGGUCGCACUUGCGGCAGUCAUGAGUUCAGCACACUCGGCCUCGACGAAUUCGGGAUCCUCUCUACCUCAUGACAGGGUCGUGUUCAAGCCACGUCCCCAUCUAGAACCUUCGCCGCUGCCAUUGCAGCCUACUGAAAACGUUUCUUCAACUCAAGAUCGCGCGAUGCGUCCGAUAUCUUCUAAACCUCGACGAUUAUCGCCGACUAAGGCGUAUAAAGGUUCAGCUGCUUCACUUGCAGGUCGAGGAAAGUUGGGGUUUGUUCCAAUUACAGCGCCCUCUCCACCGGCUUUCAUGACCGAUUCACCCGCAAAGCGACCCUCUGCGCCCGCACCCAGCCAUCCGCCUGCUACUUCGUCUAUGCCACAGUCCGCCCUAUUCACGACAUUUCCCUCAGUGGGUCCUGGGAAACGGUUACAUAAAGAGACCUAUGUGUCGGAUGAUACUCCAAGUGACAGUUUUGCUGACUUUCCUGAGCCAACCCUGAUUUCUAAGCAUCAUAUGAAGAGGACUCUCCUCGAGGCUGCACCACUAAAGGAGCGGCCAACUAAGAUACUCAAGCGCGAAGACAUUGCCGCAAUUCAAGUACCAGAACCAUACGACAUGCCGCUCAUUGAAGAUGAUGGGACGAAGCCACCUUACAGUUAUGCGACCCUGAUUGGAAUGUCUAUCCUGCGUGCUUCUAACAGGAAACUAACCCUUGCACAAAUAUACAAGUGGAUAUCUGAAACUUUCUCAUAUUACAAGAAUAGUGAUCCUGGCUGGCAGAACAGCAUUCGUCAUAAUCUGAGCCUCAACAAAGCUUUUAUCAAGCAGGAGAGGCCGAAAGAUGAUCCAGGAAAAGGCAAUUAUUGGGCUAUUGAGCCUGGGAUGGAAGCGCAAUUCCUCAAAGAUAGGCCCUUGCGCCGGGCGACAAUGUCAAGUCUCCCACUUCCAGCAGCUCCCCCAAGAGAACCUAUUCCCUCGCAGAGCUUGAGGACGACGACAUGGGCUGUUCCGCCACCGAUAGUUACCACAACACCGAGGCCCUCGCGGACUGUGGAUCUGUCAUCCGACGCCACACUUCCUGCUUCCGACCCUGCUCUUCAGGAUGAUACAGGCGAUGAAAGUGCGAAUUAUACUGCUUUACAGCCGUCCGUCCCCCAUUCUUCACCUCCGUCACCGAUACACUCAUCACCUCCCGUUAUACCACCUCGCUAUUCCCGGCAAGGAACCCCUCCAACGCCGUCCCAGAACAAUACGUCUUCUAGCAUUGCUCCUAUCAACAGCAAGCGGAAAUCGCAAACCAUGAAUGAUAGCGGUUACUUUUCGUCCCUGGAGUCCUCUGCCAUGCGACCAAACAAGGCUGGACACAUCUUGACCUCCGACCUGGACAUCGAGCCCCCUCGCAUCAAACGUGGCCGCGCGGAAGAAGAGAUUGCCCGAAUUCGAAGCUCAUCUCACGACAUAAGUCCGAGUCAUUGCGGGGUGACGAGAGAAUCAGGAAUAAUUGUCAAUUCCUCACCGCUUCGUGGUGAAUAUGUCAGCAUGCUACCUCCUCCUAUUACUCCCUUGAUCAAAUUCAAGAAACCCGCAAAGCCGCCUCCAUCCGUGUCACCGAACACUAACCUUCGUAACCACCGGAAGAGAAUCCAGCAGAUGGUGAAUUCCCCUAUCAAGCAUCUGGGGUUAACGGAGGAGGAUCUUCCAUGGAGCCCUGCCUUCAACAUUCAAGAUGAAAGUCUUACACCAAGUGAUAGUCUACAUGCAAGCUUCGAUGUUUUCGCCGAUGCCGCAGCGGAUAACAUAUCAACUCCGGCCUACGGGUCUCCUGAGAAACGUUCGGCAAAACGUGGCCGAGUGGAUCCCGGCGGUCCAAGCAAUAGUAUACUGGCUGAUAUCACAGCAGUGAGCGUCAACAGUCGGAUCGGCAUGUCAUCGUUAUCAUCUAAUAGAAAGGGUCUUCUUUUUCCUGACUCGCCGUCAAAAGCUCCAGAACCUGGACGCUACGUCGACGCCACUCAUGAUGACUUCUUUUCGUUUCAUCUCUUCGAUGAAAGCCCCGGAGAGGUUGAUGGCGUCGAUCUCCUGCAGGGAUUCCAGAAGAUAGGGGAUGCAAGCAAGGAAGAGCCUCCGCGGCUCAAAGCAUACCCUCCGAGGCCUCACUUCAACAAUCGAAAUAACACAUCCUUGCUCUGAUAUUGCGGAUCCCCGGCUGAGAUGCAAGACCUACCGAGUACAGAAUCUGUAGCAGGCUCAAACCUUCUCACAUAGGGGCGUUCGACAUAUUCCACGCCAUUUGGCCACUCUCGCUACGACCUUAGCGGGCUAGAUCACGAAAUCUCUUUUCAUGUAAUUGUUGGAUUCACUUAUGUCAAUUCAUCGAGCUCCAACUGAUUUGAUGUUUCCGGCGUUCUUUGGGAAGCGGGGGAAUAUGCCUUGCGCCUGAGAUGACCUUCUUAUGACCUUGACGAUGACAUCUAAACAGAUGUGCACGAGCAUGCAAUGGUUUUCACGAACUUUGAAUCUUAACCUGAUUUGUGUGUACCUAAUUUAAUUCAGCCAUGUUUUCAAGUAAGAUUCACAAA